AUGACCACAUUCGCCAACUGGGAAACAAAUCUUCCCGUACCACAUUCAGAGUAUUUCCUUUACGAAUGUACAAAUCAAUCGAUAUACUUCACGAUACCAAUUAACGACACGACUGACGAGUGCACGCAAACCCCUUAUGGCGUUUUUAACACAACCGAUUACGCCACAGAUCUCAAUAUUCGUAAAGUGGAACUGACUAACAUGAAUUUUAUAUUUACUACGUUUAAAACGAUCAUAGCGGACUAUUCGACAAUUGCAAAUUCCGUCUUUGGAUAUGACGUCGUUGACAAGUUUUAUUCAUACCAAACGACAUUCAAGAAUUGCAACUUCACUCUAUUGAAAUUGGAUGUAAGAUCACAGUCACAAUUUUAUGGAACUGAUUUGUAUAUGACUGUGUUCAAUACCACACAAAUGUUGAAUUUGAACCCUUUGAAGUUAUAUAUUAAUUGGUGCACUAUUAGAAAUUCGACACUGGAAACUAUCAAUGUGGUUCAAAACACACAAAAAGUUGUGGGUACAACACAACACACAAAUAAAGACGAUUUAUACACACACUGUCAACUAUUUGACUUUAGAUCACAACACAGUUUCUAA